AUGGACUACGACGCGAUGCUGAUGGACGACGGAGAGUCGUUUGGGCCGGCGGUGAAGAUUUCGCAGGCGGACGUGGAGCGGGUCAAGUUUGAGCUGACCAACGUGGACCUGGCGAUUGCGAACUCGCUGCGGCGGGUGAUUAUUGCGGAGGUGCCGACGAUUGCGAUUGACAUUGUGGAGGUGGAAGACAACACGAGCGUGCUGGCGGACGAGUUUAUCGCACACCGGCUGGGACUGGUGCCGCUGAACAGCAAGAACGCAGACGACGUGGUGUACUCGCGGGACUGCGACUGCGAGCAGUACUGCGAGCUGUGUUCGAUCAAGCUGCGGCUGCAGGCCAAGUGCACGAGCGACGAGGUGAUGAAGGUGUAUGCGCGCGACCUGGUGGUGGACCCGGCACGGCCGAACCAGUGGGUGGGCACGCCGGUGAUCCGCGACCCCGACGGGCUGGGCGUCAUGAUUGCCAAGCUGCGGCGAGGCCAGGAGCUCAACAUGACGUGCAUUGCCAAGAAGGGCAUCGCCAAGGAGCAUGCCAAGUGGUCGCCCACGGCGGCCGUCGGCUUCGAGUAUGACCCCCACAACAAGCUGCACCAUAUGGACAUGUGGUACGAACAGGAUGCCGACAAGGAGUGGCCCAAGAGCGACAACGCCCGCCUCGAGGAGCCGGCCCAGGAGGGCGAGCCGUUUGACUACGACGCCACCCCCGGUCGCUUCUACUACGACGUCGAGUCCAUCGGCCAGAUGGAGCCUGACGCCAUCGUCCAGAACGGCAUCAAGACGCUGCAGCAGAAGCUGGCCGCCCUGAUCCACGAGCUCACGGCCGGCGACGGACUCGGCGGCUUCGGCAACGGUGCCGACGGUGCAGGCGGUGGCCUCGGUGGCCACGGCGACUACAACGGGCCCCAGUCACCCGACUAUGGCGGCAUGGGCGGUGGCAGCGGUGGCGGUGGCAGCGGUGCCGACAGCUGGCAGGACCAGGGAUACACGACGCCGUACGCCACGGGCAACAGCAGCCAGCCCAGCUGGGGUGCCGGUGGGACGACGCCCUAUGGAACAACGCCGUACGGCAACGGUGGCGGGUGGAACUGA